AUGGGCUCGGGCGGCUCGCGCGCCGCGCAGGUGCCGGACGCGGACCGCAUUCGGCGGGAGACGGGCUUCUCGCAGGCCACCCUGCUCCGCCUCUACCACCGGUUCCGGGCCCUGGACAGUAACAAGAAGGGCUAUCUGAGCCGCGUGGAUCUGCAGCAGAUCGGGGCCCUGGCCGUGAACCCCCUGGGGGAUCGCAUUAUAGACAGCUUCUUCCCUGAUGGGAGCCUUCGAGUGGAAUUCCCCGACUUUGUCCGAGUCCUGGCUCAUUUCCGACCUGUAGAUGAUGAGGACACAGGAACCCGGGACCCCAUGCAACCCGAACCCCUCAACAGCAGAAUGAACAAACUUCGCUUUGCUUUUCAGCUCUACGACCUGGAUCGAGAUGGAAAGAUCUCCAGGCACGAGAUGCUACAGGUGCUCCGGCUAAUGGUUGGGGUGCAGGUGACGGAAGAGCAACUGGAAAGCAUUACUGACCGCACGGUGCAGGAGGCCGAUGAAGAUGGGGAUGGGGCUGUGUCCUUCCUGGAAUUCACCAAGUCCCUGGAGAAGAUGAACAUCGAGCAGAAGAUGAGCAUCCGGAUCCUGAAGUGA